UACCUGCGGCCAUUCUGCAGAAAACUCCUCCUGCUUCCUGUCUCUUUCUGGGAAUCACUGCGCUGGUGUAAAGUUACAGCAGAAGAGAAAGUCAAAGCACAGUUGAAGACGGGAUUCUGCUUCAGGUAAGACAGUUCAUUUGAUACUCUGAAACUGAAAUGGCGACUGUCAGAGCCAUGAAUCCUUCAACGAUUGUCAUCCAGCUUCAGCCACUGACACAAACAGCAACUGGGACCAGUUCUUCUGUGCCUGUGCGCAUACAGCAUGUAGCAGGAGUUUCACCUCGUCAAGGAAUUCAGGCCUUUCUUAAAGGCCAACCGAAAGCCCUCGGGACUGUCCAGAUAAUGAUCGGUGUGUUGACCUUCCUGUUGGGAAUCUUGUGUACAAUUUAUGGAAAUUAUAUCUUCUUCUUCACUGGUGUUUCUUACGUGGCAUCUCUGAUAUACAUUACUACAGGCUUGCUCUCCAUUGCUGCUGAAAACAAAAUCAAUUCACCAUCUGCUUUAUGUCUGGUGAGAGCUUCCCUCGGGAUGAACAUUUUCAGUGCUAUAGCUGCGGUCUUUUCCAUUAUUAUGCUUUCACUGGGUUUGGCUGUUGGACCCACCAACCGUUACUGCAGAGACUUUUAUUGUUAUAAUUAUACGACUCUCCUCUCAGGAAUCAAUGGUGUGUUGCUGGCGUUCGCCAUCCUUGAGUUCUUCAUCUCCAUCUGCCUAUCUGUGUUUGCCUGUAAAGUCACCUGCUGCUGUAAGCCUAAGAUUCAUGUGAGCAGCAACCCUUUAAUUCAACGCCCUCCUGCAGAAACGCCCCAACAGUACAGUCAAUGUCCUCAAGAAGUCCCUGAACCAUGCUUUCAACAUCCUCCUGCAGAAACUCCCCCAGCGUACACUGAAGGCAAAUAAAUGUGAAUCAACAUGAAAAACGGGGCAGAGCGGUGGAUCUGCUGCUUUGAUGCUGUGACUGUUCUAGUUUCCUUGUGUAUCUGAUCUGAAUAAAGCACAUCAUCAGAUUGUGUCAAAUGGUUAUUAUAGUCAUCAACAUAGAUACCGCUGUGCAUUUUACAUUUACCUAUGUGUAUUUCUCAAAUGUUAUUUGUUUGUAUACUGAUAAAUUGGAUUUGUUUUAUGACUAGCA